AUGCAUCGGUUCGCUGCUCGAAGAAGUAUUCAUACGGUUCCUAAGCUACCAAAGCUCAAUCAACUAUCUCUAUAUGGUAUUCCUAACGUCUGGAGCGCGGCGGGGUUUCAAAUCGCCUGGACUCAGCAACAGAAACUACUAUGUGACAAACUGACACUAGCCACAGCAGGAUCCUCUCAGGAGUCUUAUUUGCCAUUUCAUUUGAUAUUAAAUACAGCAAAGAAACCUUUUCAGGCUAAGAUUUUUAAUUUGGCUUCUGCGGUUCACAACAAUCAUUUAUUCGUGCAGAACAUAUUACCUACUGAAGCGCAGACGGCUCCUUCCAGGCUUUUACAAUCGCGUAUUCAGGAACAAUACGGCUGCACAUGGGAUGAAUUUAAAGAAGAAAUGGUGCGCCGUGCUGAAGCUGACGUACUUGGCCAAGGAUGGUUGUUUUUAGUCGAGAAUAGUGAGAAGCAGCUACACAUUUUGACAACACAGAGCAAUGGCACGCCCUACUACUUUCCACGUAACCAAUCGUUCGAUCUCAAUUCGGCGCUUUCUUUGGAGGAAUUCGCACAAUACGAUGCCAUUCAGAAAAUAGUCAAGAAGGGAGAAAAAAUACAGGAUUGGACCAUGCCACUGAUCGCAGUAAGUCUAUGGGAUCACGCCUAUUUGCACGAUUAUGGUGUGAAAAACAGAUCACAGUAUGUUAGAAAUGUUUUGGACAAUCUCAAUUGGACAGUAGUAAAUGGAAGAUUGUACACAGGAAAGGUGUAA